UUAUUCAUAUUUCUAUUUCAACUGUUCUAGCUGCAGGUGAAAUUUAUAGGUAAAUAACUAUUCAAAUGUAGGAUGAUUUAUCCUACUAUCGUGAUAACAGCUUUAUAAUGCAUACAAAUCGGUGCAGUCACCGCAAGUCGAAAUUUUUUGAGCAGGUCUUGAGAGUAAUGGCGCUCUUCGUUUAUAUUUUUGCAGCUCUGCAAUUUUUUUACCAGCCGGUCGACGGCCAUGUCACGCAGUUCAAUGGCUCACUGUGGAGCUGUGCCGUGGUGGCAGGACAGCAAUGGCUAGAUUCUGAUUUCGAUGCCGAAAAAAAGCGUCUGUGCUCGCCACAGAUGUUGGCCGCCGGGUAUGACGCCCUCUCGCGCCGUGUCAACGAUGUCUUCAGCAAAGCGUAUCUCGAAGUGAAGCCCAUUUCUGUGGACGAAAAGUAUGAAAUUCUUUGCGGAAGUUCAAUGAUUGCCCAAUCGUCUCUGAUAUACGGGAAAUUGAACAGAAUUGAGAAGAGUUUAAUCAAACUUGAACUGUUCCAAAAAAGCUUUAUCAAAUAUUCCUACGAUGUGACAGAGUUUAGGUUACAACUUUGCCAGAAAUUGAACGUCUUGGCCACGGGUCGCUCACGGUCUUUGAAGGUCUACGAUCCCUGCCAACCGUCGAACCUCACUGCCAUCGAUGCUCGGGACGUGGAUUGGUCGGACAGGCUUGCGGCACUCAACCUCCAGAGAAGAGACAUAUCAAUCAUUAUGAAUAGUCUCGCUGACGGUAUCGGAUUAAGUAAAACGUAUCCCAAUGUAACUGCGCCUGCUAAUGUGACGAGUUCCAAUAGCAUCUUAGAAGCAGCCAAAGAAGCUCUCAUUAUCAACGAUCUUGCUCAGAACGUGACCCUGAGGAAACUUUCUGAAGACGUCCCUUUGCAGGGCCAGCGCAGCGAGAUCAUUCAGCUGACGUCUGACAUCGAAGGUCUGGAGUUCGAGCCAAAACUUCGAUACGAGAAAGACUUCGUUCCGUGUAGGAAAAGAGCUGUCGCCAACGGAUGUGGCACUAAGUACGAGACUAGAAGAUUCAGGCGCAUCGUCGGCGGCGAAGAUGCUGAGCCCGGCGAGUGGCCCUGGAUGGUAGUCAUUAACCUUUCGCGCCCUGGCUUCAACGAAACUCGGCUGUGCGGCGGCUCCCUCAUCAGCGACCGCUACGUGCUCACCGCAGGUCAUUGCUUCCAUGCCGCCCUUAGUCAGAUGGGCUCGGUUUCUCUCUCCUCGUUCACGGUGAAAGUUGGAGUAGUUUACUGGAACUCGUCCGUCGAACCCAUCUCCAUCAAGGCCAUGCACAUCGCCCCUCUUUACGACGACGACACCUUGACCGACGACUUAGCCCUCGUCAAGCUGGCCACGCCCGUCGUCUUUAACGAAACCGUCCAGCCGAUCUGUCUGCCAGAGCGCUACGAGGACUUCAUCGGCCAGUUGGCCUCCGUCACGGGCUGGGGCUAUACUACACCGGAUGCCAAAGAUUACAACGACAUCCUGCAGCAGACGCAGGUGGAGGUGUUGCCGCAGCGUUCCUGCGCCAGUAUCCUCGACCGGCAGAUGGACGCUAUCGAGCGCAGGAAGGGCAUCAUCUGCGCAGGCUUCGAGGACGGACGCAGCGACGCGUGCAAAGGAGACAGCGGAGGUCCCCUGAUGGUACAGACGACCUGCAAUCAGUGGCUCCUCAUUGGCGUGGUGUCGUUUGGCGAGAGCUGCUCUGUACCUGACCGGCCCGGCCUCUACGUGGACGUGGCGCGCUACAUCGACUGGAUCGUCGCCAACUCUGACCUCGGGAAGCGGAAACUUUCAGCUUCACCUGCGCAGGAGAAGCCCGUCCUUGGAUGACCGUAAAUGAGGGAGCCAAAGACGGAAGAUUGCCGUCCCUAGGACAAUUCUUCAUGGUUCCAUGGCUCGUAUGGGUGACAAACUGAAGACUUGUAUUGGCGCGUUGCACGCCAAUCUUGCUCAGGCAGAAAUGACAUCAAGAUUUCUGUGUCUAAUGCCUGUCGAUUUCCUCAUAUUUUCAUUUAGAAAGAUUAGGGAGUUGGUAAACUGUGCUAAUGGCUGAGCAGAAACCUGGUUUUUGUCAUUGUUAAAGCCGUUAGUCGGUUGGCUGAGUUGACCUAAUCACGAGUGGGACCAAACAUUUUAGUUCUGCAGCCUGGUGUAAUCCGAUUGAAGAUUUAUUGCGUUCACUCACAAAGCUGUUGUCUUCAGACUGCGUCUAUUGGAUAAUACAAAUUUUUAUGUGGGCCAGCUUUAAGACAUUUUAUGUAUUUUAUUCCUGAAUAAAAGUUGUAUAUUAUCAUUCAA